UCAUCGAUUGUCUCAUCCAUCAAAUCGAUCGCAGUUUGGGGAUGGAAACGGUGACUCCCUUUGCUGCUAUUUCGUUAUUUCAUUUGUUUUAAUAGUUAAACCGGAUAUAAAUUCCCGAAAAUACGAUAGAACUUAUGUAAAAAGGUUUUUAGUUUUGAAUCUGUUCGUUAUUUUUAAGUUAUGUUGUGUUGAAACCGGUUUAAUGGAUGUUCAACGAAGGAUGCUACCUGUUCGACCAGCUCAUUUCUUGUUGCUUAUUGGCUCAUUUGUCGGAAUCGUCGUUUGCCAAAAUGUGAAGUACAAUCCCACUGGCCAGAGCCAACCGCUGCAACAGUAUCAGCCCUUUGGCGCUGGAGGUGGCAGUGAUGACUCAUUCUACGGCAGCGUAAAUCGCUAUAAGCAGAUUGAGAAGUUCGGAACGUUUCAAACGCCGGAGGAAAACUAUUGCCCAGAGCAUUGGUCCGUUUAUAGAAGUUCCUGCGUGCGUAUCUAUAAAUCGCCUCGGAAGGACUACAUCAAUGCGCAGAAAAUCUGUCAAGCCUACCAGGGCGAUUUGGUGAGCGUAGAUAAUAUCGAAAAGCAUUCGUUUAUACUGAAGCUGCUGGAUGUGGACAGCAACAGGAACAACCGAUACUACAUUUCUGCCCGGCAAGCCUCCCCGAACAACUGGAUCAAUGCGGACAAAACGCCACUGGUCGCAAUCGAAGAUUCGUUCAUGUUCAAGGCCGCCGAUGAAGAGAGCUACGAUGCCAUUUUUAACAAAAAACCUCUGGAGAAGUACGAUUCCCGUCGGAACUUCAUCAGCGGGUACAACGAGAAUCGGAACAAUCUGGUAUACUCGUUCAACGCGGCCAGCGAAAAAUGGCAAUUUUUGCCGGUUGGGCCCGAAGAUCUGAAUCUCUUCAUAUGCGAAUCUCAACAACUGUACAGUGCGGACAAUAUCAAUCUACUAGCGGAUGACCAGCGACAGUACGAUUACGGGGUGGACAUAAAGGACAUCAAUAAGAUCCCGCGAGGACCGUACUUCAUCAAGCAACCGCACGAAACAACCUAUGACACCGGCAAGUUCAAAAUCACCAAGGACGUUAUGCUGAGCUGCCUGGCCGGAGGCUAUCCGACACCGACCUAUUCCUGGUUCAAGGAAAUCUACACCAACGAUAACAUCACGGUUGUUCGACUAGACCCGCUGAAGAACACACGAUACACUACUAGUGGGGGCAACCUUAUCAUACACAAUCCUCAGCAGAUUCAAGAUCAAGGUACAUACCAUUGCGUCGCGGAAAAUAUGUUCGGGCGAAUCAUAUCCGAAAGCGUAGAACUCAAUUUCGGUUACAUCCUUGAAUUCAAUCUACAGCGCUCUUCAGAAACCGGGGAAAUGAAUUGGGGAAAGUCCCUUUACUGUGAUCCACCUCAACAUUAUCCAGAUGUGCGGUACUACUGGUCGCGUUCUUUCUUCCCCAACUUUGUCGAAGAAGAUCAACGAGUGUUCGUUAGUCACGACGGAUCGCUGUACUUCUCCUCGCUGGAAAUCAAAGAUCGCGCUAAUUAUUCCUGCAAUGUGCAAAGCACAGUCAGCGAUACAGGUAGAAAUGGGCCUUUCUUCAACUUGCAAGUAGUUUCCCAUCCCCACUAUCAGGAUUUGAUUUUUGCCAACAACUUCCCAAAGAAGUUCCCCGAGGCGCCAGUUGCCGGCAAAGAUUUAAGGCUGGAGUGUAUGGCUUUCGGUUACCCGGUGCCGUCCUAUAAUUGGACUCGCAGAAAUGGAAACCUACCUCGGUUUUCGUAUCUCGAAAACUACCAGCGAGUACUCGUUAUCAAAAACUCUACUGCCAACGAUAAUGGUGAGUAUAUUUGUACGAUCAAAAACGAUCGGAAGUCGAUUUCGAAGAGCGUGAUGGUUAGCGUUCAAAUGCAACCGAAUUUCACAAUCCCACUGAAGGAUAAAAUCAAGGAUUAUCAGAGCUCGGUAACUUUCUUAUGUGAGGCAUCGGCCAUUCCGGAUGUCAACUACACAUGGUACAAAAACGCAGAACUAAUGGACCCUGAAAAUAGAAAGUUCAAUAAGGACAAAUUUGUGAUACAGGACAAUGUUCUGAAGAUUAACUUUUUGGAUCCGGAAGAAGAUAAUGGCAUGUACCAGUGUAAGGCGACCAAUCAGCUAAAAGGCGUAUACUCUUCAGCACAAUUGCGCGUGCUUUCUAUGAAGCCCUCAUUUAAAAAGAAACCUUUGGAGUCCGAAAUAUAUUCCAUCUACAAUGGGAACACCACCAUCGAGUGCGAACCAGAAGCAGCACCUCGGCCGAAAAUUGUCUGGAAAAAGGACGGCAAUGUCAUAGGUACGGGAGGCCAUCGCCGCAUGCUCCCAACCGGUACCUUGUUUAUAUCUCCUACAUCUCGAGAUGAUGAAGGAGUCUACACCUGCGUGGCCAGUAAUUCACAGGGUGUUGCCGAGUCGAAAGCACGUCUGAUUGUUUUACAGGAAUUGAGAUUUACUGAACAACUACCUCAGAAAAUUAUCAAACAAAUUGACGAACUUCUGUACCUACGCUGUGAAGUGACUUACGAUGAAGUGCUCGAUGUUGCCUUUUUAUGGGCCCAUAACGGCCGCAUAAUAAACAGCUACGACAAUAUGCCGGAGUACAAUGCCAGAUUUAUAGCGAAUUACAAUAGUUUAGAAGUACACAAUCUGACCCUGUUGGAUGCUGGUGAAUAUGAAUGUAUUGCCAAAUCCGCCGUCAACAGGAUAGUAUCGAAAACGAUGGUAUUUGUACAGGGUCCUCCCGGAGCACCGGGCGCAGUGAAAGUGAUUGACAUUAAGAAAACCGACGCAUCCCUGGAAUGGAUCGACGGAAGUGAUAAUGGCAGACCGAUACUGUUCUACAACAUUCUGGGACGCACCACUUGGAACAAAACAUGGGUUAAUGUGUCGCAAAAUGUUUUCGCACAGGAAAUCGAUCGUUACAACGGACGACGUCGCGCUACCGUUACUAACCUCACUCCAGGAUGUGGCUAUGAGUUCAGUGUAGUGGCAGUGAACGAUCUAGGCAUUGGCGUCCCCAGUUUGCCGUCGCCACUUUACAAUACCCAGAAGGAUAAACCAUAUAUUGCUCCGCGCAACGUUGGAGGAGGCGGUGGAAAGAUCGGUGAUCUCACCAUCACGUGGGAUCCGUUGCUUCCAGAGGAACAAAACAGUAUCGACAUUCACUACAAGGUGUUCUUCCGUCUGCCCAAUCAACGAGAGUGGGCCUCGGAAGUUUUGAAACGGCAGGGCAAUGUGGGACGGGCUGUCGUGCAUAUUCCAUUCGACAAAUACUACACCCAAUACGAGGUCAAGGUUCAGGCCAUCAACGACCUCGGGGAGGGACCGAUAAGCGAUAUUGCCACCAUAUACUCGGCGGAAGAUAUGCCCCAGGUUGCACCGCAGCAAACCGUUGCCAGAAGUUUCAACUCGACGUCUCUGAAUGUCACCUGGAUUCCGGUCUCCCAGACACGAGAAGCCAUCAGGGGCAAGCUGAUCGGACAUAGGUUGAAAUAUUGGAAGAAAGAGCAUAAAGAGGAAGACGCCGUAUACUUCCUAUCGCGAACUACCCGCCCUUGGGCGUUGAUUGUCGGUCUAGAACCCGAUACGUACUACUUUGUGAAAGUGAUGGCCUACAACGCUGCCGGAGAAGGACCCGAAAGCGAACGAUACCUCGAGAGAACGUACCGAAAUGCACCUCAGAAACCGCCAUCGUCGGUGAAUAUAUUCGGCAUCAAUCCUUCCACGAUCCGGGUCGUUUGGCGUUACAUUGCUCCCUCCCAGGACGAAGAACCGGUUCAGGGAUACAAGAUCAGAAUUUGGGAAACCGAUCAGGACAUGACCACUGCCAACGACACCUUGGUUCCGAUCGGUCAGAAGCUGGAAAAAAUCAUCGACAAUCUAACGCCAGGAAAAUCGUACAAUCUUCGUGUUUUGGCAUUCAGCAAUGGAGGAGAUGGAAGGAUGUCUAGCCCGCCUAUCAAGUUUCAGAUGGGAAUCACUCAAACCCCGUACAACGAUGCCAGGCUGUUGAGAGCGGAAUCCUGGUGGACACUGACGGUAGCCUUCAUUAUGUACAAAUUUUUCAAUUUCCACUACUAGGUACUAGAUAUUGGAAAAUACACAAAUCAAAAUCUGUGUGGGAACACUAUUAACAUAGGGAGCAUGAGUAUCCAGCAUUUAGAUAGGACAUUGCACAGGAUCACAAAAUUAUCGAGUGGUUGUGUAGAUUGAUUUAAAAGUUCGUUUCGUCAUUCCUCUGAAAAUAGUUUAGAUAUUAUUAAGCAAAAGAUUACUAUUUGAACAGUGACAAUACAGUAUUGUUUUACUCCAGCUCCUUAACAAACUCAGCUGCUGUUUUUCCACAUUCCAACAUUGUUCAACUCGAAGCAGACUUGAACAUCUUAGUUGAAAAUGUAUAGUAACAUAUACUUAAGUCGAUGAUGAUCUGUUGUUUUGAACCGUGAUUCGUACGGAAAAUCAUCAUUGUUUGAGCCUUGUUUUUCAUAUGAAUUCUUGGAAAACUGAGCAACAUCGUACUAAAAUGGGAGUGUAAAGUAAUAAAUGUUUGUCUUAAUCCGAGAAAUAAGUUUUCCGAAACAGUAUUUUGACACUAACAAUCGCCAUUAUUUUCCAAGAACAGAACCGUGAAUACUAUUGAUACACAUCUAUCGGUAAACUAGUACCAAUACCGUGGCAGCUUAACAUUUUGGUUGCAUCACAAAGUUGCUCAAAUCUACUCCUUUCCAGUUUGAAUAAUGAUGAUUUUGUCCCACACCAAGUUUGUAUAAUUAAGAUAACGUAUUCCAUCCAUUAAGUAAUGCAAGAAUUUUAUAUUAUUUUUCCCAUUUGUGUAGCGUAAGGUCGUGCGAUUAUUAUACAAAAUCAAAAGAAGCAAUUUAUAAUAUUUACUUCGGAACAUAGAAUCUGCUCUUUAUUAACUAAUGUCGAAUAAAGUAAAUUUAUGUUUAUACGACUGAA